AUGCCUCUACCAACAUCUCACUCCUACUUUGAUGGAUUGUCAACUUUCAAAGUUGGAUCCUUCAUUGGGCUGGCAGCCAAGAAAAGUGCUAAUGCACUUGCAGCAAGGGCCUGCAAUAUUUUUUUUGCCUUGGUGGAUUUAAGCAGUAGUUCUUCCAUUGCUUGUGAUCAGACAAUUACCUCCCACAUAACACUUGACCAAUAUGGACUGUCUACAACCUGGUACAUACUAAAGAAGAGGUUUGAUCGUGGUUCAUAUGGUGAAGUUUGGCUGGCUUUUCAUUGGAAUUGUUCCCGAGGCAGCAAUGCUUCGACUUUGAGUAUGAAAGAAAAAGAUCUUACAUCUAACACUAUGCAUCUUGGCGUAUGUGAUGAAAAUUUUCCAACAAACUCAUCUGCUUAUGAUAUUAAUGCUGGCGCUCCUGAUGACCACAUGUUCAUUUUGAAGCGUAUAAUGGUGGAAAGAGGUACUGCAGUUUACUUGAGCGGUUUACGGGAGAAGUAUUUCGGUGAAAUUUUUGUGAAUGCUUCUGCAUUUCUGGAAGGUUCAAUAUCAGCUGGAACAUCAGAUUCUUUCUGGAAAGAAUCACAAUCAAAGUCAUAUGAAUUGUUAAAAACAAAUGAAUCAGAUCUUCAAGAAAUUGAGAACACAAUGAGUUUUGGACAUCUAUUCCUGAGAGAAAAUCGGCUGUUGAGAGAUGUCCAUGAAGAAGGUCUGAAUCAUAUUGCAAGAUAUGUCGAGUCUUUUGAAUCUCAAUCCAAUGAAAUAUGGCUUGUGUUCCGUCAUGAAGGGGUGUCCCUGUCAAAGCUUCUGUAUACUGCAGAAGAAGUAGUAAGUAAUGCUGAUGAAGAAAGGGAUGAACACGCAAAACGUGUUCAGGUGUUGCAUCCAUCAAAAUGGUGGCACUGGUUGAAGACUACAGAAGCAGGACAAGAAGAAAUGCGGAAUCUUAUUUGGCAAUUGUUGAUGGCACUCAAGUCCUGUCAUGACCGCAAUAUCACCCACAGGGAUAUCAAACCUGGUGAGGAUGCAGCUAUCCUUAACAUGGUCAUUUGCUUUGAAGAUCAGAUUUCUGGGAGAUGCUUGGAAGGAAGCCCUAAUGGAGAUAAGAAUUACACGACUAAAAUGCGCAUCAUUGACUUUGGCAGUGCAAUGGAUGAGUUCACAGUGAAGCAUUUGUAUGGGUCUGUUGGACCUUCUAGAGCUGAACAAACUUACGAGUAUGCUCCUCCAGAAGCUCUUCUAAAUGCUAGUUGGUAUCAGGGGCCAACAAGCACAACUUUGAAGUAUGAUAUGUGGAGCGCUGGUGUUGUGAUGUUGGAGUUGAUUUUAGGAUCACCAAAUGUGUUUCAGAUAAAUGCUAAAACACAUGCUCUUUUAGAUCGACACCUCGAGGGUUGGAACGAAGGCUUAAAGGAGCUCGCAUAUAACAUAUCUUUCCUCAUCAGUCUGAUUAACGCCCUUCUUGGGAUUCCCCACCUUCUAGCACUUCUUACUCGGAUGGUCUCAAUUCUUAUUCCUCAUGACUCUAGCACCGCUAGGGAUGAACUUAAGAACUCUGUGAGGAAUGCAAGUUGUAGCUUUAGUUAUGUGAUCUUACUCAGAGCAUUCAUGGAAAUGUGCAUCUUAAUCCCUGGGAGUUCUUCAAAACCUCAUCGCACUUGGGGUACAAAUGAUCAGGGCGCAAAUUCACCAGCUUCCUGGAAGUGCUCUGAAGAUUUCUUUUCCCAUCAAAUAAAGAGCAGAGAUCCACUUAAAUUAGGGUUUCCAAAUAUUUGGGCUUUGCGGUUAGUACGCCAGUUACUACUUUGGAAUCCAGAGGAUCGACCGAGUGUUGAUGAUGCUUUGCGGCAUCCUUAUUUUUUGCCAUCUACCCAAAGACAAGGUCAUGGAAAGAUCUAGUUUAUGCACCGCUCCAUAAGAUGAGUUUCGUUGUUCGAAAAGCUUCACAUAUUAGGUGUAAGAAGCUUCGGGAAUGGGGAAAAGGGGAUGUUUGUGAAAUCCUCAUUUUCUAUGCCAAGUACCUUUUCUAUGGACUCCGUUGAAAGCCUGCCUAUCAUUUCUUAGAUCGAAGGUCCUGAGCAUUGCUUCAUCUAUUUUGUUGUGAGGAUGUGGACAUUUUUCUUGGGGUGAUGAUUAUUAUUUUGACCUGAAAUUGUCUUCUUGUAGAAUAACUGCGGGAUUGGAAAAGGGUUACUGUGAUCACAUAGUACUGAAGGAAUGUCACGGACGAGUUGGUCUGUAAAAGCUGGUUAUAAAUGUUCGGAAUUUUGCUUAUGGUUUAAUUUAUUUUUUUUUUUGGGAAAUUUCUUUCGUCUUUCAGUUCAUUUUUUGUGUAUAUAUUGUACAUUUGUAAUUGCUUUUACCUUUUAGCUGGUUAUCAUGUAGUAAUAUGUCACAACUAAUUUGAUUUGUCA